CUGGACAAAGAUUACAUUUUAAUCUUAACUAUAUACUUUUUUCAUUUUGUUUUUCCUUAUGAACGAAUCUUCAAAAAAAAAAUCACAAAAAAAGUCCGGAAAAUAUUCUUUUAAUAGAUUUUAAAGAAAAUCUUGUAACGUAACCAUUUAAUGAUAAGACGAAACAAAAGUGCUUACCAAAUUGCAAAUAUAAAAUAUUUGUGUUUAUUGUGAAACAAAAAAAAAACCUUAUGAUGUGAACGUACCAUGAAAAAACAAACCUUAAUAUGAGAUAAGAGUAGACUGAUAGUGAAUGCAAAAAAAAAGCAAAAAAAAGGGUGAUGUGGCGAUUUUAGUUGAAGAAAAAAAUAAAAACUUCCGAAAACGCGUUCCAAAAAAAAUAAAAUAAAAAAGUGAUAACCGUCGUGUGACCGAAAAUGAAAUAAAAAAAAUUAUUGAUUUUGCAUAAGAAGCAUAAGCGCAAAAUAUACGUGGAGAAAUUUUUGUAAAUAUGUGGACAACUUUGUUAUUAUUCGAGUGGCAAUCGGUAUAAAUAAACCAACGAGUGGAUAAUCUACGUUUUUUUUCUUCAUCGUCGUUUCAUUGUUGAUUCGCGGUCGAGUCGUCGUCAUCAAUUAUGGAUUGGGUGAUUCACGACGAGUUGGGCAUCACCGUUGGCACUGUCGUCGGAUGGAUGGCUGCGAGCGCCAUGGUACUCGGCGGCGUGCUGCCCUACGUGCCACAAUACCGUCAAAUUAAGCAGACACAGGAUGCGGACGGCUUCUCGCUCUACGUGUGCUUAUCACUGCUAAUGGCAAACACAUUACGUAUCUUCUUUUGGUUUUCCAAGAGAUAUGAGCUUCCUUUAGUUGUACAAAGUAUCGUUAUGAAUAUCACCAUGUUCCUCAUGAUCCACCUUUGUGUGCGCGUGAAACGCAGCAACGCCAUUUUAGAAGCUAAAGAACGGGUAUUUUCAGGUGAUGAACGAGCCACACUUGAUAGUAAAGAAAAUGAAGUUAUGGGACUUCCAUCACAGAAACUUAAAAAAGCACAUUCAAGGCACCACCUAAGUGACUUUGAUGCAAGUUACUUCUGGGCAUGGACCGAUUUUCAAUCGUACCUGGACUUUAUGUUGGUUGUGUGGGCCAUUGGCGCCGCCGUUACUUACCUGAUGCUGCCGUUCGUUUGGUUUAUGGAAAUUGUCGGAUUUAUGGCUGUCUUCAUCGAAGCCAUGUUGGGUGCUCCGCAAUUCCUGAAGAACUUCCGUACAAAGUCGACACAAGGCAUGAGCAUUCAAAUGGUACUGAUGUGGCUAAUUGGUGACAUGUUCAAGACUGUUUAUUUCAUUGUGCGAGAUGCACCAACGCAAUUCUGGCUGUGCGGAUCGUUACAAGUCAGCUUAGACAUUGCCAUCUUAUGCCAAGUAUGGAUGUACCGCAACAACGUGCCGCGCCAAGGACACGGCGAUUAGCAGUUUGCCCCCCGUGAUAGUGAAAAGUCAAUGCAUCAUCAUCAAGAAACCACACAACAACAAGAACCAGUAGAUGUCAAAACCUGUUAUAGUAGACGUAAUUCAAGUAGCAAUAAGUACAACAAUAGUCAUCAUCAUCAUAAUCAGCAUCAAAGCAAGAAUUCGAGUCCUGUGUCGCGUCACGAUAUCGGAACGAAUUGCAGCGUCAAGGAUAGUCGACCCACCAGUCCAUUGCCGGGCUACGAUCAAUUUGUGACGCCCGGCGGCGUAUCUGUGAUACGAAAUCUCAAGAGUAACGAAAGGUUGAACGAUGCCGCAUCGUAUAAUGGGCGCAACGACAGUACAAUUAUACAAAUUUACAAUUCCAAGGAAUCGACGCCCGUACGGAUGCGACGACGAUCUGACACGAGCCAAAGGAGACAAUCAGCUACAAAAUUGUGGGCUCGAUCGAAUUUUGAGUCGAGCGGCGACAUGCUAAUUGGCGAUCGAUCGUUAGAUUCACUCGAUGUUGAUCUCAAUGCAAAAUCUCGUGACAACAACACGAUAACCGGCUACAUCAAUGACUUGUGUUCGCCCGUAUCGGACAGCGUAACGAAUUUCGGUCACAUGCGCGACAACCAUCUGUACUACCAUCAGCAUCUCCGUUCCAACAACAAUGCGACAUCCAACUUAGACACCAUUGUACUAUCACCGGGGGCAGUUUUAAAGUCCACUAGCACUCCAAGUGGCAUGCAACGAUCAUUUACGCACGAUUUUACCACAACCAAAACGAUACUUAUUCCGUUCCCGAAUAAAAUCACGGACGAGUUUGUGUACUCGUUGGAGCACGUGUUAUGACAUCAACUUCCGGCCGUCACAUGGCCCGCCAUAGAUAAUGUCGAUGUUGCGUCGCUCGCUAAACAUCAACUUCCAAAUGCGAAUCUUGAAUCGUCUUCGUCAAACAACUCGUCGUGCACCCUAAAUCCAUUAUCAAUGUCUUCGGGAGGCGCUCCACGUGCGCACAACUUGCGACGCGACGUCAUUUCGGCGAGUACGCAAACAGAAAUCGCCCAAUUUUUGGAUCUCCAAAAUGCCGAUAGCUUCGGUGACGAUCUCGCGUACAUCGAUGAGAGCAGCGCAAGCACUACACGUCCCGCCAGCAAGGAUAACAGUCAGCGAAACAGCAAAUUCAUUAGCGAUCACACGAUUUACAUCACGCAAGAGUGUCCCGAGUACAUUUUAUAGCAAAUUCGUGUUAUUCUGGCAGUGAGAGUGACAAUUUACUAAAAUUACCUGCUUUCUUCAUUGCAUGUAGAGUUGUUAUCGGUAGAACGGUACACAUUUAUAGAAUUAUAUCAUUCAUGGUUGCUAUUUUAUCUGAAAAUAUCGUUAAAUAGUAUUCAAACGUAGUAUCUUUCUCUCUCAAAAUUUACAUAAUUAGAGAUGAUUAGCUGAACAUUCCUAUUAAUGACGACAAAAUUUACUAGAUUCAAGAUGCAACAAUUGAUAUUUUACACUUUUUAAUUGUAAUGCAAUUAUUUCCAAUGUUAAUAUUAAUUUUAACGGUAGCUACUAAGUUUAAAAUUAAACAAAAAUUGUACGAAACGAACUUCAAUAAGAGUCUUCAUGUAAAUUAAUGAGUUUCCUAAGCAAUAUUAUUUACACGAUAAAUUGAAAAAAAAAUUAACGAAAAUUUAUAAGAAUGAUUUGAGCCUUAGAAACCAACAUAUAUACUAUAAAAAUAUGUAAUUAUACAAAAAAAAAUAUCUAAAUGUAACAAAUUAUAAAAAAAAUGAGGAAAAACACAGAAAACUUAAUAGAAUUUAAGAGAUGAAAACAAACAUA